AAAGCAGAUGUGAAGUCUCUCAUGGCGAAGUUUAACACCGUGGCCACCCCAACGGAGGACAUCCCCAUAGUGCCCAUCCGGCCCUUGAAGAUCCCAAGGCAAAACUCUCCCUCUGGAGCCGUGGCUAAAAAGAACUUAUUCAGCGCCCAGGGGGAACCCUGUGCCCCUGGAGGACUGAGCAGUGCACCCAAGACUGUGUCUCCCAAGCCCCCUUUGGGGGUGAAGCCUUCAGAGGACAAGCCUGACAGGGAGGCCAAGCCCCCGUUACUCAAGCCCACCGGAGUAGGCCAAAGAUUUGCAGCCCAGGCCAACACGGCCACUAGAGACGCCGAGGCAAAACCUGGAUUUCCAAAGUCAACCCCCAAGCCCAUCCACCUGCCCAAAGAAGAUUACAAACCUGGGUUCCCUCCACCUCCUGGGAACAAGCCUUCAUUUCCUGGGUCCAGCCAAAACCAUGACCUGCCGCCACCAGGCCCGAAGCCCAGGUCCAACACUUUUGCCCAAGAGAAUGAACAGAGAGCGGGAUUCCCCAAGGCCAGCGGGGUCAAGAGCAGGUUCAUGUCAGCCUCCCAGGAGCAGGACGCCAAGCCUCUCUUCCCCAAGCCCGUCUUCCCGAGAGCAUCCGUGAAUCCUGAACACUCCCAUGAAGAGGAGACCCCCACAAAGAAAGGGUUCCCCAGCCCAGCAGCAGCCAAGUUAAAAGCAGGCCCGGGCAAGUCAGCCCAGGAUGAGCUGGGAAAUAAAGACCAUGGAGGCGAGGUGGCCAGUCCACAUUUUCCUGGAGUAGUUUUGAGGCCGGCUGGAAGCAGAGGGCUCCCCAAGAAUGCUGAGGAGAAAAAGGAAGAGGGGAAGGUGGAUGCCGCUAAGAACAUCUUCCUGAACAAGAUAAACCAGGAGGAGUCGGCCUCAGGGACGCCUCCCACCAAAUUCCCUAAGACGCCUUCCAAGCUGGUCAUAGGAGGGCCCUGGGCCCAAGGCCAAGAAAAGGACAAGGGUGACAAGAGCCCGGGCACCCCAAAACAGAAGCCCCUGCCUGCCUUGUUCACCUUGGGCCCACCUCCACCAAAACCUAACAGACCCCCACAUGUGGACCUGACAAGGUUCCUAAAAGCUGCUUCUGCAAACAGUACUGGCAAAGCCCAAGCAUCUGACUCAACAGCUCCCGCACCACCACCUCCAGCAACCCAUCCGUCCUCUCAGCCACCAUUACCAGCAUCUCACCCAGCGCAGUCAUCAGUCCCAAGUCUACCUCCAAGAAACAUGAAACCUCCCUUAGACCUAAAAAGUCCUGUAAAUGAAGAAAAUCAAGAUGCUGUCAUGCACUCAGAUGGUGCUGGAAAUAUAGAUGAGGAAGAAAGUGAAGGAGAAACCUAUGAAGACAUAGAAGCAACCAAAGAACGAGAGAAGAAAAGAGAGAAGGAGGAAAAGAAGAGACUAGAACUGGAGAAAAAGGAACAGAAAGAGAGAGAAAAGAAAGAACAAGAGAUUAGGAAGAAGUUUAAACUAACAGGCCCUAUUCAAGUCAUCCAUCAUGCUAAAGCUUGCUGUGAUGUCAAAGGAGGAAAGAAUGAAUUGAGCUUCAAGCAAGGGGAGCAAAUUGAAAUUAUCCGCAUCACAGACAACCCUGAAGGGAAAUGGUUGGGCAGAACAGCAAGGGGGUCAUAUGGCUAUAUUAAAACAACUGCUGUAGAGAUUGAUUAUGAUUCUUUGAAACGGAAAAAGACCUCUUUUGGUGCCCUUUCACCCAGACCUGCAGAGGAUGACCAGGAACUCUAUGAUGAUGUUGUAGAGCAGGACACCACCAACAGCCACAGUCAUAGUGGAAGUGGAGGGAUAUUCCCCCCACCUCCAGACGAUGAUAUUUAUGAUGGAAUAGAAGAGGAAGAAGCCAAUGAUGGCGCCAUGCAACAAGCUGAAGAGAAGAGUAACACCUGGUCCUGGGGAAUUUUGAAGAUGUUAAAGGGAAAAGAUGAGAAAAAGAAAAGUAUACGGGUGAAACCUAAAGAGUCUGAGUCAGACAAUAAUGAAGGUUCAUCUUUUCCUUCUCCUCCAAAACAAUUGGGAGAUGAAGUCUAUGAUGACGUGGAUGCCACUGACUUUCCUGCUCCUCCUUUAGAAGUGAGUCAAGAAGUCAAAGCUAAGACACAAGAAAAGGACCUUAAGAAGUUAAGAAAGCAAGAAAAAGAAGAAAAGGAAUUCAGGAAAAAAUUUAAAUAUGAUGGUGAAAUUCGGGUCCUCUAUUCAACCAGAGUUGCCUCUUCCUUUACAUCUAAAAAAUGGGGGAAUAGAGAUCUACAGGUAAAGCCUGGGGAAGCUCUGGAAGUUAUACAAAGUACAGACGAUACAAAAGUUCUCUGCAGGAAUGAAGAUGGAAAAUAUGGUUAUGUCCUUCGUAGUUACUUGGUGGACAAUGAUGGAGAGAUCUACGAUGAUAUUGCUGAUGGUUGCAUCUAUGACAAUGACUAGCUAUCAGCUUUGAUUAUUCUGCUAUGUUCAUUUAAUGUCAAUAUGAUGUCCAAAUUUUAAUUGACAACUGUCACUGUCACUGUCCUCGCAUUGUUCAUCGAUUUGCUCGAGCAGACCCAGUAACAUCUCCAUUGACAACAUAGAAAUAAAUAUACAAAACUACUCAUUACCAUAAAUUACAAAAAUUUAUUAUCUUCAUCAAAUUUUAAAAAUUUUCAAGUUUAAAACACUUCCAAAUUUUUAGAAGAUGGUCUCUUCCUUAAUGAACAUCUCAAGAACUGCAUCAGUGAGUAUAAGAAUUAUUUAAUAUCCCAUUUUGGUUUCACCCACAAUUAAGAAGGUGCUUCUUUUAGAUCAUCAAUAAAUAAUUCCAGCUUUCUAAAAAAAUUCAUUUAAGAAGAAAUAGAAGAAGAAGAAGAAGAAGAAGAAGAAGAAGAAGAAGAAGAAGAAGAAGAAGAAGAAGAAAGAAAUUUUAAUACAAUUCCCCCAAAGCUGUUUUUGCACUUCUGAUUAUGAUAGUAUUAUAUUAUCUAUCUAAUUAUCUCUGUUCAAAAAAGCAGAAAUAUCUUCUCUUCUGUUGGUGGACUAAAUAUUUUUGAAAAUUAUUGUAGUAGCAGAGCAUUUUUAUAAAGUUUUACCCUAUAAAUAUGUGAAUUUGUGAAUAUGUGAGUAUGUAUUUGAUAUGAAAGCAUACAUUUAUUAACACCUGAAAUUAAAACUGUAGGGGUCAUUUUGAAGAUUCAUUUUGUGAAUUCUUACUAACAGUUUAAAUCCGUACUCUGCUUAAAGUCCUAUUGUAAUUAGAUUAGAUACCAAGGAAGACAAUCUUAAAAUUGUGAAGAAUAUAGCAUAUUCUUGGAAAUUAACUAGUCUUUUGCUGCACUCUCUUUACUAUGAAGACUCUUAAGUACUUGUUUUUAUUUUUAAUUAAUGCUAAACAGCUUUUUAUUUUUUGCUACUUUAUUAGGUAGUUGGCCAGUAGCAGGAAUAAAAAAUUUAAAACCCCUAAUAUUGGAGUUUCUUAAAACCCCUCACAUAUUGAUCUAUAUCCACUCUCUAUUAAUACAUACUCAUUCCUAAAACAACCCCCAAAAUGAAAUCUGAAACAUUGGAUUCCAAAUGCUAAAAACACUUAAACACCAUAAUACAAAAUUCAGAACUGCAUUCACCCAAGAAAAUGCCAUAGUAGACAACUUUUUCACACUUUCAAAAUAACACUGGUUUUGAAACCAGUGAACCAUGAUGUGACAUUUGAGUAAAUCACUUACCCUUUCAGUUUUUUCAUUUAUAAAUUAUGAGAUUAAACUGUUUUUCACUGCCAAUUAUCUACACUUCUGUAAUUCUUUCCUAUUCUAGUCCCAUGUGUCAGAAAUUUCAAAAUUUUCUAAUAAGUAAUGAUUAUGCAUUGGUCAUGUUUUAAUAUUGCUAUGACCUAUUUAAGUUUCUGAAGAAUAAAUCCCACUGAAUUUUUUAAAAGUUCAAAUAAUUGUAAAGAAACUCAAAUUUUUCACAUGUGAAAAGCAAAAUUUCUAUGAGGUAGGUGUGUGAAAAUUUGGAAAGAUCAUCAAUUUCCGCUGUUCAAUAAUUUAUAGAUUCAAGGAUUCUGAGACCCCAGAUCAAAAGUCACUAAUCUUAAACUAUUAAUCUUUAAUUAUGAAAUAUGUCGAUGUCAGAUUUCUGAUAGGGUAAGCCAAUAUGUACUCAUAUGAUGAAUCUACAUAAUAUUCCAUUAAAUGAUGCUGUUCAGAGUGGUUAAAAAUUGCCAAUAUAUUUAACAUACUGACAAUUUAUUUCCAACAAUUUGUUAAAUUGAGAAUGGCAUAAAGCUAAUACAAUGUCAGUCUUUUAUAGUCCAAAUUAAAUCAAGAGAAUAUUUUGAAAUUAGGGUUUAUCACCAAGAAAGGGGUACACAAAUGCGUAUGAAAUAUUUAUGUAGUAAUCAUCCUAAAAUAAAGAUGUAUUUGAGGCAUUGACUCUAAUAUACAAAUGUUAUUUUUGUCACAUUUUUAUCUAUGAAAUUGUGUCCUGUGAAAAGAUGAGAA